CCUUCGCGUCAUCGUCCUCCGCUCAUGAGAGCUAAGCAAGCUAGCAAGCGCGGCUCCCGAGCUCCACAUCCACCACGCCAGCUCUCCUCCCCCGACGGCGCCGCCAUGGACCGCAAGGGCCCGUCGAGCUCGGCGGCGGCGUCCAUGGCCGCGCUCGCCGCCGCCGCGGCGGCCGGCCAGGCCAACGGGGCGCUGUCGCCGCAUGCGGAAGAGGACGAGAACCCUGCGACGCUGGCUGCCGUGGGCGGUGCCUCCGGCUCCUCGGACCCGGUGGCCGCGAGGAGGGGCGCGGCGGGCGGCGGCCCGAGCUGCCAGGUGGAGCGGUGCGCCGCCGACCUGCACGUUGCGAGACGGUACUACCGGAGGCACAAGGUGUGCGAGCCGCACUCCAAGGAGCUCGCCGUGCUCGUCGCCGGCCUCCGCCAGCGCUUCUGCCAGCAAUGCAGCCGGUUUCAUGAGCUGUUGGAGUUCGACGGCGACAAGCACAGCUGCCGCCGGCGCCUGAUGGGGCACAACGCACGGCGCCGGAAGAGCUCGGCGGAUAGGCACGGCGGCGGCGGCGACCAGGACGGCCGGAGCCACCCAGGGAACCCGUCACGGAACCACUUCCAGAUCAGAUAAACCUAUCUAAAUUUAGAGCAUGCUCUCUCUCUUCUGUCAUCAUGCAGCUAGCACUACCGGUAUACACACCACCGAGAGGUGUGUGCUGUGUCGAUCUGCCACAAAAUAAUCGAGUUGGACUUUUUCAAAAAAAAAAUCGAGUUGGUUAUGCUGAUUGUAACCUAACCAGCAGGUGAUUAAGCAGGGGCGCUGCUAAUUAACGGGUACGUAACUGUGUCUGCGAGGAUGGAUUAUUCUGACGUGUAAUUGGUUCGCCUGUGCUAAACAGUACACUAGUAAUUUCUGCAGGCUGUUUAUGUGAUGUUGUGCCCUCUGGUAAUUGUGGUAGCAAUUGCUGUUUAUUCAAGUGGUACAUUGGCUGGGUCUCA